CAGACGUGAGGCGUGAGAAGCGGCGAGGAGAUGGCAGCGGGGCGCUGCGUGAGAAGACACAAUGACAGCCACUGAUAGAGCAACUGAAAGCUAAAGGCUCAGCUCCACAUUCACAGCAUAUACAGGAGUCGCUGAGAGUAUUCUGCUUGAAGCCCAUCUGAGCGCUCCGCCGUUUGCUCAGCGAAAGGACAAAGGACCGACAAUGCGAGAACAUGCCAUUGCGCUAUCUACACCUGCCCGUCACAGCUGCGCCUUGCGUGUCGCAGGUGCCGCGUUCACGCCAUCAUCGUCGGGCGGACGAGACGAGCGCCGUCCCGGCCCGGCCUCAGGAGGUGCCCGGCGCGGGCUGGGGGCGGCUGCCAUCGCCGCGCUCCCCUGCAGCCGCCGGCGGGCAGUUCCUCUGCUUGAAGAAUAUAAGGACUUUUCUUUCGGCAUGUUGUGAAAUAUUUGGAAUGAAGAAGAGUGAACUUUUUGAAGCGUUUGAUUUGUUUGACGUGAGAGAUUUUGGAAAGGUGAUAGAAACGCUUUCUAAGCUUUCCCGCACCCCUAUUGCACUAGGCACAGGAAUAAGGCCCUUCCCUACAGAAGAAAGUGUUGAUGAUGAAGAUAUCUACAAAGGUCUUCCUGAUUUAAUAGAUGAAACUGGUGUUGAGGAAGAUGAGGAGUUGUAUGAUUGUGUCUAUGGAGAAGAUGAAGGCGGGGAAGUUUAUGAAGACCUAAUGAAGGAUGAAGCAGCACAGCAACCUAAAUGUCCUGAAAAUGAUAUAAGAAGCUGUUGUCUUGCUGAAAUAAAGCAAACUGAAGAGAAGUACACUGAAACUCUGGAAUCGAUCGAGAAAUUCUUCAUGGUGCCGUUGAAAAGGUUUCUGUCAGCAUCAGAGUUUGAUACUGUUUUCAUCAACAUUCCUGAUUUGGUGAAAAUUCACAGAAAUCUUACACAGGACAUCAAUGAUUCCAUUGUUAACAAAAAUGAUCAGAACCUAUAUCAAAUUUUUAUUAACUACAAGGAAAGGUUGGUAAUUUAUGGACAGUACUGCAGUCAAGUGGAGAUAGCGAUAUCGUGCUUAGACAAUAUCUCUAAGACAAAAGAAGAUGUUAAAUUGAAGUUAGAGGAAUGUUCCAAGAGGGCCAAUAACGGGAAAUUUACGUUGCGGGAUCUCUUAGUGGUUCCAAUGCAAAGAGUACUCAAAUAUCACCUACUGCUCCAGGAGCUGGUGAAGCACACUACCGAUCCCAUGGAGAAGGCAAAUCUAAAACUGGCACUCGAUGCAAUGAAGGACUUGGCUCAAUAUGUAAAUGAAGUAAAGAGAGAUAAUGAAACGCUUCGGGAAAUUAGACAAUUUCAACUAUCAAUAGAGAAUUUGAACCAUUCCCUCUUACAGUACGGGAGACCUCAAGGUGAUGGGGAAAUAAGGAUAACGACAUUAGACAAACGUGCGAGGCAAGACAGGCAUAUCUUCUUGUUUGAUCUAGCUGUCAUUGUUUGCAAACGCAGAGGGGAUAAUUAUGAAAUGAAGGAAAUAAUAGAUCUUCAGAAAUACAAAAUUACGAAUAACCCCACUACUGAUAAAGAAAAUAAGAAGUGGUCUUAUGGCUUCUACCUCAUUCAUAUCCAAGGUGAAAAUGGUUUAGAAGUUUAUUGCAAAACCAAAGACUUAAAGAAAAAAUGGCUUGAACAAUUUCAGAUGGCUCUGUCAAACAUACGGCCAGACUAUGCAGAUACGAGCUUUCAUGAGUUCAAAAUGCAUACCUUCAGUCGGGUGACAUCCUGCAAAGUCUGUCAGAUGCUUUUGAGGGGAACAUUUUAUCAAGGCUAUUUAUGUUCUAAGUGUGGAGCUGGAGCACACAAAGAAUGUUUAGGAAGACUAGACAAUUGUGGAAGGGCUAAUUUAGGUGAACAUGGAAACGUGAAGCAUGAGAAACGAACAAAUGGAAUUAGAAGAAGCUCUAGACAUGUGGACCCAGGUUUACCAAAAAUGCAAGUCAUUCGCAACUACAAUGGAAUCCCACAGCCAGCAGCACAAGAUGGGCCACCAUUGCAUAUCCAGAUUGGGGACACUAUUGAGCUCAUUAGAGGAGAUGCACACAGCUUAUUUUGGCAGGGAAGAAAUCUAACAACAGGAGAGCUUGGAUUCUUCCCAAGUGAUGCAGUAAAACCUAGUCCAUGUGUUCCUAAGCCAGUAGACUACUCUUCACAACUGUGGUUUGCAGGAGCAAUGGAACGAUUGCAAGCAGAAAGUGAACUAAUUAACAGAGUAAAUAGCACCUACCUGGUGCGGCACAGGACCAAAGAAUCAGGAGAAUAUGCAAUUAGUAUUAAGUACAAUAACGAAGUGAAACACAUCAAGAUUUUAACAAGAGAUGGCUUUUUCCACAUCGCAGAAAAUAGAAAAUUUAAAAAUUUAAUGGAACUCGUAGAAUACUACAAGCACCACUCUCUCAAAGAAGGUUUUCGAAGUUUGGAUACUACUCUUCAAUUUCCAUACAAAGACUCUGAAAACUCAGUGGGACAAAGGAGUAACAGAACAGGUGGCAAUGCCCCUUCUUUGUUCUGUGGGUUUUCUUUUGUAACUCCUCCAGACUACAGCUUUGUUCCCCCUUCCUCCACUCCUUUCUGGUCAGUGCUGAGCCCAAAGGUGAUAGGCAUUGCCAUAGCCAGGUAUGACUUCUGUGCACGAGACAUGCGAGAGCUGUCCUUACUGAAAGGGGACGUUGUCAAAAUUUACACCAAGAUGAGUGCCAAUGGCUGGUGGAGAGGUGAAGUAAAUGGAAGGGUGGGCUGGUUUCCAUCAACCUAUGUUGAAGAGGACGAAUGAAUUAAAAACUAUCCUCUGCUGACCAGCAGUUUCAGGGACUGUAAACAUUUAUAUCUUCAAUGUGUUAUUGGUCUUGUUAAGUAUUUAAACAGCAACAUUUUUUCCUGUCUGAAUCUUCCAGUCUUAAUGUUGGGAUUCGUAUGGAAGUUUGUGCUGACGGGUUCUUCCCUUACCCAGAGCUGUGCAAGAAGCAAGCUGCCAGUUUGCCAUCGCUGGGGAUCAGUACAAAGUCCAGCCCUCACCUUCCCAGAAGAUCUCUGGAAAACAAAAUUCUUUGUUCCUUUUCAUUUCACUCCGUACUACACCUUGAGUACUAGCAAUGGCUGAAUAUUUAAUGUUUCUCUUCUAGCUAACAUGUGUGACGGUCCAAGGGGAUGAAGGCUUAUUUUUCCUUAUCACUGCAUACAGAAAACAGAUUUCAGUCAUUCCAGUGGGCAUAAAGUAUAGUCAGUAGACUUGUCUUGAGACAUCAAACUACUUUACUUGUCAACUUACAAGCCAUUUUACACUCACAAAAACAUUCUGAAGGAAAUAUGUAGUAAAUAUGAGUAGCAUUCAUGCAUAUGUGAUUACUUAACUGGCUAACUUUGAGGUCUUGCCUAAAUCUUCUAACAAUCUGUUUAAAGACAUUCUAAAAGGGUGUAGUGGUGUGGUAUUGCUUUAAAAAAGCCUUCACAAAGUGGAAUUGUGUGAUCCUUUUAUUGUCAUCUCGAGCCUUUUUAUGUGAGGUUUUUUCAUUUAAGCAUUGACAAUAAAAGUGCAGCUAGGGACAGUCAUGGCAGUACGAGUUGAAAGUUUUCAGCAAUAACAUUAAAUAAAUAUUGCAGACUUAUUCUGAAGGAGAAAAUACUAAUGUAAGGUGAUGUUGUUUCUCAAUAUCCAAGGUGUUUAUCUUAACCUCUUGAUUGAUUUGGAUGAACUUCAAUUUCACCUCAGUACUGUCUUUUCCUAGUUAGACAGGAGUUUCUAUCACCUUUUGUGAAUGCAAAUGGAGCUUGCAAACUUCUUUCUGCCCUUUUUUGUUGCCUGGGAUGUUAAUGGCAGUUCAGUGAGGGAGUUAUCUUGUUGCAGUGUUCUCAGCAUCCCCAAUGUGUCUAGGUUAGCCGGCAUGAAAGAUCAGGCCCUGUUAAGCAGUGUCCACUGCUUGGGGAGGCAGUGUUUAAUGUAAUUACGAAUAGGCAGAAAUGUAGUUAUAAGCUAAAAGAAAUGUGGGUGAUGUCUUCAGAUGUGCGGUUUUAAAUUUUAAGGAAUGUCACACCUGGCUUGAAAACUUGAAAGAAAAUCAAGCUCUUAAAUGAAUUUAAUUCAUCUUGUCCCACAUCCCCUCUUUUGUUUUUGCCUGUCCUCUUUUUCUGUAGGCAUUUUACAGUUAGUGUGCACUGACACUGCACGAUUUAACGCUGCAGUGUUUUCCCAGUCUACAAGAAGCAUCAUCUCCACUAUUUGUCCGCAGAGCAGAAUCUGCUAGUACCUAUUUGGGUUUCUUUUUGGCUGCCCCCAGGAAUCUUUGCUUUUUUAUGGCCUUUCCUGGCCAUCAAGAAGAAUCAAGCACAACACAGAGAAUUCACAAAAUCCCCUUCAUCUCUGCAACUGUGUUACCCAUCUGCUACACCUGGCAGGUAGUGCUUUGUGACCAGGGGAAAAAGAGGAGCAUCUCAUUAGAAACUGGACUUGAGAGAUUCAGCCUUGUAGAUGAAAUUCUGCCAAUGCUCUAACUUUUCAAGGAUUUACCUCAAAAUUAUGUAAACUGUGAUUGUGUUGAAUGCAUUACUUGAUGGAAUAAUUGAGAGCAUUUGUAAAUAUGUACAUGAUGCAUAAAGAUUUUGUAAAUGAUGUGUACAGCAGUGUAGACUAGAGUAUGCAGUCUUUGAUCAUGUUUUGCCAUGCAGUUUGAUUGUCUAUUGUGAGCUUAAUCCUAUAUUCCUUAAGUAGGCAAAGAUGAUUCUUUCCCAGUUUUGCCUGCUUAAGGGGUAGAGGAAUAGGCUCUAGGUCUGUGAAGUGUUUAGUGCAUUACUGUCAUAUACUUCCGAGAAGAGGCAGUUAAAUUCAGUACAAGUUGAAAAAUAUGUCAGUCAUUUUCAACAGCUUGGGUUUAGAAUAAUUUUGAGUAUUCUCUCCAUCCUAAAAAGGUUGUAAAGCUUUUAAGCAAUUACUGAGUCCAGUAGAGUCAUCCUUUGAGAAGAAUGAAAGCCAUAGGUAAAUUUUACUUUUGUGGCGUAAAUCUACAUAUCGUUGUCUGUGUUUAAUGCCCUGUAUUGAUUGAGUUAAUGCUGCAUCUUAAACUAUGUUUUGAGUACCAAAGACUUCCUAAAUAUUAUGGAGCAUCUCUUUCAUGUGCUGCUUUUGCCUGUAUGGAGUUGGUUUUUGUCAUGCAAUAAUGGAGUUAACAGUACUUUAAUUUGUACUAUUUUGUAAAUAUGUUAAAUAUAAUA